AUGGAUUCUGAAAUAAUUCAGAAAGACAUUCCAUAUAAGAACAGUCGUGAAAAUCAGAUUUCACAUGAAGACUGUGAUUAUCCGAAAAAUGUUCUCCUGGGUAUGGCCUCUCCAGUUUCCGAUAAAGAGAGUCAUUGGACUGGUAAAUUUGCAAGCAGUGAUCCAAAGAAACCGCCAAUUGAGUUGAAAGAUUUUCACAUUGAUUCUUCUUCCCAUAUAUUUGAUCCUCAAAAGAAUUACGUUGGUUUAAUGGUUUACCUAUGUGGCGAUGAAAAUUGUUUUACACUGAACGGUGUACAUUGCAAAACUGGCGACAUUUAUAUAAAGGAAUCAGAUUGGAUCGUGGAGAACACAAGAAAAAGGCGUAAGCGAGGUCAAUACAUCCAUGGGAGAUUGUUUUUUUUUUCAAUAUUUGGUCGUUGGAAAAAGAAGAAAUUGAACUUUGUCGGUGCUGGAUUUUCAUAUCAGAAUAGACAAUGGAAAGGAGCGAAAUCCAUUGCGUAG